AGCAUCUGUAUUUACCAUUCGGUGUUUACCCUUCUCACAAGAAACAAUUACAAUUACAAUUACAAUUCACUCUUCUCACACACACGUGUCUCCGUGAAAUCUCUAUUCUAGAUUCUUCACUUCUCAACUUUUCCUAACCCUUCCUUCCACAAAAUUUCAAAUUUUUCUUCUGAUUUCUAUCUGGAUUCUUUCAAUCAUGGCUUGGUAUAGAAAGGGAAAGCUUGUUUUUGAUGGUUUUCAUAGAUUGGCUCAAUCAAGAGUUUCAUCUCAAAAUUCAAUUUUGAAACCUAGUUCAAGAAUUUCAUCAUCUGGGUAUUUCAAUUUGGGUUCUAAAGGUACAAUCUUUAAUGGCUUUUCAUCGUUUUCUUCAAUUUCUAAAAGAUUAGAAACAAAGGGUUUUGAAGUUAAUAAGAAUUUUAGGAGAUUUUACUAUGUUGAUCCUCGAAAUGUGAAGCAUUUUGCAACAAGAGGGCCAAAAGGUUGGUUUCAGAAUCCUAGAAAUAUUAUGAUUGUUGUAGUGGUUGGUUCAGGUGUUUUUAUUACUGUGUGUUUUGGAAAUAUGGAAACUGUUCCUUACACGAAACGAACCCAUGUGAUUUUGAUAUCGAAUAAGUUGGAGAGGAUGAUUGGAGAGAGUGAAUUUGAAAAGAUAAAGGUAGCUUUUAACGGGAAGUUGUUGCCUGCAAUGCACCCUGAAAGUGUGAGAGUUACAAUGAUAGCGAAUGAUAUCGUUAAUGCAUUGAAGAGAGGGUUGAGUCAGGAGAAUGAGAAUGUAUGGAGUGAUUUAGGGUAUGCUUCAGGAAAUACUAUGAUGAGUGAAGAACAUGGGAGGGAGACACUUAAUGCAUUGACUGAAAAUGAAGGGAAUGUUGAAGGGAAUUGGCACCAGGAGGACUUGGUUCUUGAUGAUAAAUGGGUUCAAAAGAGUAGGAAGAAGGGUGAGAAACGAGGGUCGAAGCCUUAUACUUUGCAUUUGGAUCAAUUCAACUGGGAGAUUUUGGUGGUUAACGAGCCUGUUGUUAAUGCAUUUUGCUUACCUGGUGGGAAGAUUGUUGUAUUUACGGGUUUGCUAGAACAUUUUAGAAGUGAUGCAGAGAUAGCAACUAUUAUUGGACAUGAGGUUGCACAUGCUGUGGCCAGACACAGUGCUGAGGGGAUCACAAAAAAUCUGUGGUUUUUUAUUCUACAAUUGAUACUUUAUCAAUUUGUCACGCCUGAUGUUGUCCAUACAAUGUCAUCACUUUUCUUACGGCUACCUUUCUCCAGAAGGAUGGAAAUAGAAGCUGAUUACAUUGGACUUCUAUUAAUUGCAUCAGCCGGCUACGAUCCACGCAUGGCACCUAAAGUCUACGAGAAGUUGGGGAAAAUCACUGGCGGUUCUUCUAUGGUUCAAAACUAUCUCUCCACUCAUCCAUCUGGAAAAAAGAGAGCAGAAUUACUUGCUCAAGCUCAGGUAAUGGAAGAAGCUGUUACUAUAUAUAAGAAUGUAAGAUCUGGACGUGGAGUUGAAGGUUUUCUUUAGGACUACAUAAUUGUUUUCUGAAAGUAUACUGAAAUUUUUUAUAUACACAGUGCCCUUAGAUUUAAUGCACAAAUAUGGGAUUCCCCAAAUGCAGGAAAUGCCCUUAAAUCCUACUAUACUUGAUGGUGUAUGUGAUUUUGUUUAGUUUACUUGAUAUAAUAAA